GGCGCCCCCCUUCUCCUUCCUUCCCCCCCGCCUCCAAUCCGGCUGGAUCCUGUUGCGGCGCCGCUGGCGCUGCUGGGAUGGGGGGGGGCGGCUUCCCUGCGCGGCGCGGCUGGCGGGCGGGCGGCCGCAGCGGCUCGCCGUGAGGCACCCGGCGCGCAGCGGGGAAGGGAACGAGGGAGGGAGGGAGCGGGCGCCGCAGGGCCGCGGCUGGAGCCAUGCCGAAGAGAAAGGUGAGCGCGGCGGGAGGGGAGGCCGCUGAGGAGCCGAAGAGGCGAUCGGCGCGGCUGUCUGCUAAACCCGCUCCUGCCAAAGCAGAGCCGAAACCCAAAAAGCUGGCGGCAAAGGAUAAGUCUGAGGACAAGAAAGCUCAGUCAAAGGGGAAAAAGGGGCCUAAAGGAAAACAGACUGAAGAGACAAACCAGGAACAGACAAAGGACAACUUGCCUGCAGAAAAUGGGGAAACGAAAAGUGAUGAGACCCAAGCAUCUGAUGCAGCAGUAGAGAAAGAAGCUAAGUCUGACUAACAUCUGGUACCAAGUCUUCGAUUGGUGGUCCUUAUACUUUUCUUCUUGUACAAUUCAGAGGAAUAUUUUUAUCAACUAUUUUGUAAAUGCAAGUUUUUUAGUAGUUGUAGAAAACACAUUUUUAAAAAGGAGAGAAUCCCAACCCAACCCAUUUUUUUACAUAUUUAGAUAAGUGUAAAUGCUUUUUUUUAAGUGGUAAAAUCAUGUACUGGUUGUCUGUUUUCUAUGAAACCAGAAAUUACUGGAAUGUUUGAUAAAGGAGGGGGCUUCUUGAAGUCUUGAUGAGGCUUCACGUUCCAUAGAUGGUGAGGGACAAUUUUUUUAUCCUAUUGAAUGACGCAUAAUACAGGUUGGACUUCAGAGUUCGUAACGAUAUGUUGAGGAUGUCUUAACAUUGUAGUUAUUUAUCUAUGGUUGUACCAUCAGUAGAAUUGCUUACCUAAUAAACUGCUCCCUAGUGUUGGAUUUCUUGCUGAGUGAUGUAUAUCUGUGACAAAGUUAUUUUUGGUAGGUACAGCUUGAUUUUUCUCAACAACUUUGUAAUUGUGGUGUGAAAGAUUGGAAAUUUUUACUUUAAAUGCUGAAUAGGUAAAAGGUUCUGAUUGGUAGACUUAACCGCAGCUGGUACUUCACAUCCUAUUUUAAAGGACAGCUUGUCUACAAUGAUCAGAUGAAAAAUAUUUGAAAUAGGCUUAGAAAAAAAAUAAAACUAUAGUUUUUAGAUUAAAAAACCCUAUGUGAAUAAAAACAAUUGUAAAAUUGUUUGUAGUGUCUGUGAUCACCAAACAAAAGCCAAAUAAAUCUUGAUUAAGAAAG